AUGGCCGGGGAGGUUCCAGCCGAUCCUGUUCAGGCGGCCGAGCGCAUCCUCGGCUCCCGGGGCCACUUCGCCACCUUGGACCUGCCGGAGGCCAACGUGGAUGCUGGCAGCCUCAGGAAGCAGUACCGCAGGUUGGCCUUGGCUGUGCAUCCCGACAAGUGUCCGCACCCGCAGGCCAAGGAGGCCUUCCAGAAGCUCAGCGAAGCCUUUGAGGUGCUCUGCACGGAGGCCGGACAGCGCCAGGCUCUGGCGGAGAAAGGCCAGCGCCCGGCAAAGCGGCAGCGCGCGAAGGAGGAUGCCAAAGAUGUGCGGGCACCAUGGUGGGACACCACUUGGGAGGAGUUCGAGAAGCGCUUCCGCCAGCGCGAUGCCGGUGAGGCGGCGCGCCAGGCGGAGUUCGAGGGCGGGAUGAAGGCCCAGCAGUCUCACCGGCGGGUGAAGGAGCAGAUAUCUGAAGCGGAACGUGCUGUGGAACACUGCGACCGCACCAAGGGUCGCGGCCCAAGCGCCCUGUGGCCGCGGCGUGGUGAUCGGCCGGAGCUCCGCGAGUCAGGUGCGGCGUCCUUGCGGCUCACGGAGCUCUUGAGCUACCUCCGGCGCAGCCACUGUUACUGCCUCUACUGCGGCUGCGUCUUCGACUCCGCUACUGAUCUGGAGCGCAACUGUCCUGGCUUUUCAGAAGCAGAGCACGAGAGGCCGGGCGACCGCAGAGCGACGCAAGCCUGGAAUGGGGGGAGCGAGGUCUCUGCAAGCGUUGGGACGAUCAUGCAGCACGAGCCGGACCCGCUCGAUGCCUUCAUGUCUGGGAUGGAAGACCAGUUGACCCAGGAUAUGCAGAAGAGUGUCAAGGCGAUGAAGACUCGCCACAUGCCUCAGAAGGGCUGGUCUUUCCAGCAGCAGGCGCAGCAGAACAAGAAUGAGCUCAAACGCUUAAAGCGCGGCCGGUAG